AUGGCCAACUCCUCCGCCGCCUCCGAUUCCCGCCGCCCACUCUCCGUCACGCCUCCUCCCCAGAUCUCCAAAGCUGGUCAAGCAUCUGACAAUCCAAUUCCUCUUUCUCCUCAGUGGCUGCUUCCAAAGCCAGGGGACACUAAGCCUGGGUCAGGAACUGGGGAAGUCCAUUUUGGCUCUCAUCUGGCCUAUGUCAAUCGCACAGACAGCAUCAAGUCUCCUGGUACUAACGGUGAAGAUAUGCAUGAUGUCCACAAGAAGAAGGAUGUCUUCAGGCCUUCUUUGUUUGACAUGGAACCUGAUCGUCGCGAUCGCUGGCGUGAUGAGGAAAGGGACACCAAUUUGUCAGCCCGUAAAGACCGCUGGAGGGCUGGUGAGAAAGAGCUUGGUGACAGCAGGCAAAUGGACCGCUGGGUGGAGAAUUCCUCUGGCAGGCAUUAUGAAGCACGGCGGGCCCCUACCGAGCGUUGGGGGACUGAUUCGAGUAACAAGGACAACAAUUAUGAGCAGCGGCGUGAGAGCAAGUGGAACAGCCGCUGGGGACCUGAUAGUAAGGAGACAGACUCUGGCAGAGAUGUAGAUGUUACUCAUGAGAAAGGCUUGGGGAUUCUUCCAACACAAGCAAAGGACGAUCGAGAGGCUGACCAUAAUCGACCUUGGAGAUCUGGUUCUUCCCAAAGUCGUGGGAGGGGGGAUGCACCCCACCAAACAACACCUCUAUCAAACAAACAGGGCCCUAUGUUUUCAUAUGGCAGGGGACGUGGUGAAGCCAGUCAAACCUUUUCUGUUGGUCGUGGGAGAAUUGGGGCUGGUGGAAGUUCUAUGAACAGCCCUCCAACUCAUCCUCAACCUCUAGGGGCCAUUCUGGACAAGGCUGAAAAUGGGCCUUUAAGAUAUGGCAGGACCAAAUUGUUAGAUUUGUACAGGAGGACUGACAUGAGGUCAUCUUGGAAACUAUUGGAUGAGUUUGUCCAUGUGCCAUCUCUUACGCAGGAAGAAAUGGUGGAACCACUUGCACUAUGUUUACCCAAUUCAGAAGAGAUGGUUGUGUUGAAGGCAAUUGACAAAGGGGAAAUUAUAGGUAGUGGUGCCCCUCAACUUUCAAAAGAUGGAUCUAUGGGGAGGAACACGGCGGAUUAUACUCAUUCAAGAAGGGCUAGAGCUGGCAGUAGGGAAGAUGGAACUCUUCCGGUUGAUGAUAUCAAGGAUGAAAGCAUGGAGUUUAUGAAAGGUGGCUUUGCGAAUUAUACGGAUGGUGCAUCUAGUGAGAGGCAGUUACAGUACUCUGGUUCCAACUCUAAGUUGGAAUUGUUACAGGACCAUUUUGUGCAUCCUGAUAACAGGUUCAGAGCUGAAGGUGCUAGAGAAAAUAUCAGUCUUUACAGGAAGAAUGAGGAGGUACCAAUUAGUAGAGAAUCAAGCUCACAGGGAAAUUAUUCAGCACCUCAUAGUGCACCCUGGCGAGCUCCGUCUCUGGGAGAACAAUUGCAUGGUCUGUCUCGUGAGCGAAGGGAUGUUUCUGGUAACAUAAACUGGACUUCAGCUCACAAGGAUCUUAAUGCUCAAUGGGAAAGUAAUAUUGACCCAGUUCUCAAGCGACAGCUGUCUGCAAUGUUGGAGAGAGAACAAGAAGCCAAGAAGAUGUUGCAGCAGUCUGCAAUGAUGGAGAGAGAACAAGAAGCCAAGAGGUUGUUACAGCAGUCUCCUGAGAAUCUUAUGCUUUAUUAUAAAGAUCCACAGGGUGAAGUCCAAGGUCCGUUUUCUGGUAGUGAUGUAAUUGGAUGGUUUGAAGCUGGGUACUUUGGCAUUGAGUUGCAAGUCCGAGUAGCAACAUCAUCCAAAGAUAUGCCCUUUGCAGCACUUGGUGAUGUAAUGCCUCAUUUAAGAGCGAAGGCAAGGCCACCACCUGGUUUUGCACCUCCAAAGCCGAAUGAAGUGUCAGAAGUAAAUAGUAGGCCAACCUUUGGUAGCUUUGGGCCUCCUACAACAGGUAUCAAUGAAGUUGACAUGAGAAACGAACCAAGGCACAAACUUGGGUCGACUACUGAGGCUGAAAAUAAGUUUUUGGAGUCACUGAUGUCUGGAAAUAUGGCCAAUUCAUCUCAAGGUAUGCAAGCAUUUGUUGCUGCCAAUAGUCCUGGUGGAAUGUUGCCCCCUGGAGCAGAUGGUAGUGACAUAUACCUUUUGGCGAGGAAAAUGGCUCUCGAGCGACAGAGAUCAAUUCCCAGUCCACAUGCAUACUGGCCAGGAAGGGAUCCAGCAGCAGCAGUCUCAAAGUCUGAGGUUCUGUCGGACUCUCAGAUAUCAAAUGCAAAACUCUUGUCAUCACUCACUGAUAACUCACGGCAGCCACCUCGUUCUCCAAAUGCUGACUUAAUGUCCUUGUUGCAAGGCGGAGCUGAUAGAUCUGGUUCUGGUGUAAAUAAUGGUGUUACUGGUGGUUGGUCAAAUUUCCCUGUUCAAAGUAGUUUAGAUCCACUUCAGGAUAAGGUUGACUUGCAUCAUGGACAGACUUUACAAGCACCUUUCGUCCAACAGCAAAGGCUGCAGCCACAAAACACGUCGCCUUUAGCAAAUAUGGUUGGUCAAGGUGUGGAUAAUCAAUCUUCUAUGCUGGUACCUGAUAAAAUGGUACCAUCAGGUUUUCCCCAGGAUCCACAGCUACUUAAUAUGCUGCACCAGCAGUAUUUGCUGCAGUUGCAUCAUCAGUCUCCGGUUCCUACCCAACAGCUGUCGGUUCUAGAUAAGCUUCUGUUACUUAAGCAACAACAGAAACAAGAGGAACAGCAGCAGCAUUUGUUACUUCAACAACAGCAGCUUCUGUCCCAGGUUCUUUCUGAUCAAAAUACUCUCCAGCAGCAGUUCGGUGAGCAUUCCUAUGGUCAGUUGCAACAUACCGCUGCCAUGGCUUCGGGAAGUUCAUCUGUCGAUCUUUCUCGUCUUCAACCCUCAAAGGAUGCGCUUCAGAUGGGCUUGCAGCAGUUGCCUGUUUCCUAUGUUCAAGAUGAUCACACCACUAGUUCCAUCAACCUGACUCCACAACCACAAGUAACGGAUGACGUCAGUCACGAUGUUGAUUCAAAGCCAUCUUUUAUACAUCUUCCUCAUCAAUUGCUUGGAGAGACAAAUGCCCCUAAAACUCAGGGUAGUAGUCUUCCUGAACAAAUUGAUGAUAUCCAUGAAAAGUUAUCUUUUCCCUCAUCUGCAUUUGUUGAAAGCUCACUGUCAAAGGCGGCAAUAAACAAUUCUUCAGUUGAUAGUUAUGUUGGGCAUGUGCUUCCUUCCGAGUCGCAUGUUUCUCCUCAACUGGAGCAUAGAGCAGUAGAGGCCUUGGCAACCGGCGAAGGUAAAAGAGCUGCUAGUUCUUUGCCCAUUGCUGAGCCAUCAGAGGAUACUUAUGUCCCUGAACCUGAAAUCCCUGAAAGUCUGAAGGCCCCUGCUCAGGAGCAGCAAGUUGUUAAAGAGAAAGUUAAUGUCGAGUCUGUUGAAGAAGUGAGAGGUAUUGAAGUUCGUGAGGUAAAAAAAUCUUCUGAAAAGAAAUCUAGAAAACAGAAGACUGCCAAGGCUGUUUCCUCAUCUGACCAGGGGAAAGCUACAUCAAAGGCUGGCUCUUCACAGCUGCUGGAAUCAGUUGAUGAAACUGCAGGGAAGUUUCAUGAGACAUCUCUGCGAAAGACGAAAGACAAGAAAAUGGGCAGUUGCACUGUGGAAAAUGUGGAAAACCUACAGGUUAAGAGUUUGAUGAUGUCAGCUGGCAUUUCCCAGGAUGAUGCCGUGGAAACUAAGAGUGAAGUUAAGCAAGUUGCUUCAGUCCCAGUUCAAGAUGCACCAAGCCUUGCAGCUCAACGAGCUUGGAAACCUGCUCCUGGUUUCAAACCGAAGUCUUUAUUGGAAAUUCAGCAGGAAGAACAGAGGCGAGUACAGAUGGAAGUGCCUGUUCCUGAGACCAUGCCGGCUGUCAGUUCCGUGGGCCUGUCAGCUCCUUGGUCUGGUCUUGUAGGUGGUGCGGAGCCUCAGAACCUCAGAGAAGUACAAAAAGAGGCAAACAGCGCAGAACUAUAUGGUAUGAGGCCUGAAAUUUCACCGAGCUCUAGAAGUAAGAAAAGCCAGUUACAUGAUCUAUUGGCUGUAGAAGUUUUGGCUAAGACGGUUGAACAAGAGAUGGAGUCAAGAGACAGCUUUUCUGGCUUAUCUUCGCAGCAACUAGCAAGUAACAGUACGGAGUCUAUGGAUGAUAACAACUUUAUUGAGGCUAAGGACACUAAAAAGAGCCGAAAAAAGUCUGGUAAAGGAAAGGGUUCUGGAGCCAAAGUGGCAGUAUCACAAGCUUCUGCUGAUCUACCUAUUAGCUCUAGCCCUGUUGAGAAAGUCAAGGGCUCAUCCCGAGUGGGGCAACAAGAGGAAGUAUUGCCUGCAAUCCCUUCAGGCCCUUCUUUUGGAGACUUUGUUUUGUGGAAAGAUGAGUCCACCUCAAAUCACUCUCCAUCUCCGGCAUGGUCUGCUGACGCUAAGAAGAUUCCCAAACCCACAUCCUUACGAGACAUUUUGAAGGAGCAGGGAAAAAAGACUUCUCCAGCCCAACCUCAGAUCCCGAUACCUACCCUUCAAAAGUCGCAGCCUCAAGCAAUGCAUGCAAGUGGGUCUGGAUGGCCACUAUCAUCAGCUUCUCCAUCUAAGGUGGCUUCUCCUAUCCAGAUUAGUCCGGCUUCUCAGUCGAAGCAUAGAGAAGAUGACGACCUAUUCUGGGGCCCGGUUGAACAAAAACAUGAAGCCAAGCAGUCAGAGUACCCUCAACUUACCAGUAAAGGAAGUUGGGGAACCAAAAGCAGCACUCCUGUGAAAGCAACUCCUGCCACCUUGUUGGGCCGUCAGAAGUCGAUGACUAGCAGGCCUGCUGAGCGUCCCCUUUCCUCCUCACCGGCACAAUCUUCUCUAAAGGGGAAGAAAGAAGCUGCCAACAAUAAACAUUCAGAGGCGAUGGGUUUCAGGGAUUGGUGCGAGAGUGAGUGUGUUAGAUUGAUCGGUUCAAAAGACACAAGUUUCUUGGAGUUCUGCUUGAAGCAAUCGAGAUCAGAAGCAGAGAUGCUUCUGGUAUCGAACAUCGGAUCGGUCGACCCUAAUCACCAGUUCAUCGAAAAGUUCCUAAACUACAAGGAUCUAUUGCCGGAAGACGUCCUUGAAAUUGCCUUUCAAAAUCGGAAUGAUCGCAAGGCUGCUGGGUUCAGUGCCAGAGACAUGAAUUCCGACAGUUCGGCGGGGAUCAAGGACUUCGACCAGGAUGCGGCCGAUGGAUUUUCCAAGGCUGGUGGUAAGAAGAAAGGAAAGAAAGGCAAGAAGGUUAGCCCUUCGGUUCUUGGGUUCAACGUGGUGAGCAACAGAAUCAUGAUGGGAGAGAUUCAAUCAGUUGAAGAUUAG